AUCAAGAAAAGAAAGGGAAGAGGGAUGAAGGGCGAGGGAGAGAGAGAGGGGGACAACAUAGAUUAAGGGAAGAGGGAUGUAGGGAGAGGGCGAGUGAGCGAGGGACAACAUAGAUAAAGCAACCAAGAAGAGUGGAAGGAAUUAGACAGGCGCGAAGAUGCAAAUCUGCAAACUGGAAGAUUAUCGGUCUUUUAUCCUUUUUGGAAAUGGAACUCCCCGAUUAGGACUCGCGAAGGCAUGUGAAGGUCCGUAUGCUCUUUUGCUGCUUCAUAUUCUCGUGUUUUAAUUCCCGCCCAUUUCCACAGAUGGAGAAAUCUCUCCGAUUAAUUUUCCCGUUUCAACUAUGGUUUCUGCAUGCUAAGCUUUAGAUGAAAGGUAUGCUCUUUCAUGCCCUAGAGGACGAGGUCUUUUUCUCGAAUUGGACGAGGAAGAGCUCUUCCAAAGAGGGAGGAGAGCCCAGAUCAGUUCUGGAUAACCGAAGAAGCCCUAGCUCUCCGACUUCGACCUCAACCCCGACAUGCUUCGAUACAACCGGUGUGGCGGCGGUAUUCGAUGUGCCUGCCCAUAAAUGUCAGCAGGUUUCAGCCUCCUCCAACGGAGAAUGGUCGUCGGAGUUGAAACCCAUCACGAUGUCGCUCGGAAGCGUGGAGGGUUGGGACUCCAUGCUUUUAGAGCCUCCGGCGAUCGAGACGGCCAAACUCCGCUCGCUGCACAGUUUCUCCCGCUGGUUCAUGGUUGACUCCAAUGCAGGCGCAAGGCUUGAAGGUACUGGGAUAGGGCUUGAGAUCCUAGAUCCGGAAUUUAGUUUCCAACACAUUGGAGGAAUGAGAGGCGAUGGUUCUAUUAUUCCCGUGGUUCCUGAUACACCGUCCAACUUACUCUCCAAUUCUGGAUUUACAAACAAUUGCCUCAAAGCACCAGCCUUUGCAAACUCCAACUUCAUCAUCAACCAGAACCCUCAUGAAAACUAUAUGCCUAAAACCUACUUGGGUGCUUGCGCCAUGCCUAUCGAGUAUCCUAAUGAGUCUGCUUGGCUGCAGCAUGCUGUCAUUGACCUGCUCUUUGAAGCGGCUGAGCUAGUGGAAUCGGGAAACAACAUUAGCGCCCAAAGGAUAUUGGCGCGGCUCAAUCAUCAGGUUCCGCCCCCCUACGGGAAGCCUUAUAUCCGCUCUGCAUUCUACAUCAAGGAAGCACUCCUCACCAUUUUGAACAGAGGUGGUGAGCAAUGCGGCUUCCGCCUUGCAUCUCCACUUGACAUCCUGCUCAAGCUUAGCGCUUACAAAGCCUUUGCUGAGAUCUCCCCUAUCCUUAAAUUCAUAAGCUUUUCAUCCACCGAGCUUAUUCUUGAGGAGCUAGCUGGCGCCAAUAUCAUCCAUAUUAUUGAUUUUGAUGUUGGAGUUGGUAGCCAAUGGCCUGCACUCCUUCAAGAGCUAUCAGAAAGGCGUUCUGCUGUCACAGGAGUGCCAUUACAGCUUCGCAUCACUGCCUUUUUCUCCAUGUCUUCACAUCACCAGCUUGAACUUCACUUAAUUCAAGAAAACCUUAAUUUUUUUGCUGCAAACCUGAAUGUUCCCUUUGAGCUCAAUUAUCUUCCUAUAGAAUCGUUCGACCCUGCUGCAAUAAUUAGCUCUUCCUCGCAUUCUGGUGAGGUCAUUGCUGUGAACUUUGCAUUUGGCUUUUGCAGUCACCACAUAUCAACUCACGCCCUUCUCCUCCUAAUCAAGCAGCUUUCUCCUAAGAUACUUAUUUCAGCCAAUCUUGGUUAUGAUUGGGGUGAUCUUUCUUUCUCCCACCAUGUCCUCCAUUCCUUCCAGUCAAGCGCCGUUCUUCUCGACUCCAUAGAAGAAUCGGGAGUGUCUCCUGAAAUCACUGAUAGAAUUGAGGGGUACUUGCUGCGACCAUGGUUUAAAAUUGCGCAAUAUGAGGCUCGCCUUUGCGCAAUUCCAGUAAAAAACGCCUCGAUGCUUACGCCUCGAGUUUUUUUUAUGAGGCUUACGCCUCAACUUGUUAAACAUUGGCUGCGACCAACGAUUGAGAGCUCAAUAUUUGGACGUUACCGAACUGGAGAGAAGUUUCUUCCUUGGAGGUCACUUUUUACUUCUGCUGGAUUUGUACCAAUGCAGUUCAGCAACUUUACCAAAACUCUGGCAGAUUGUCUGUUAAAGAAGAGUCAAGUUAGAGGUUUUGAGGUAGAAAAACGCCAGGCUGCGAUGAUGCUGUCAUGGCAGCAAGGAGAGAUUGCUGUAGUCUCGGCAUGGAGAUGUUGAUGAAUUCUAACAGGCAUGUAAUCCUUUUUAGGGUUUCUGUGACAAAGGAAGGUCAGUUUAGUUGUCACAUAUAUAUGAUACAUGAUCCUUUGCUAAAACUAAAGUCUAGGUCUGAGCUGGUGUUUCAGUUUCUAUUUAGUCAUUAUAUGGUAAUUCUUUACAUGGUAGUUGUAUUUAUGGUGCCUUGAUGUUGUUGGAUUUCUAGUUUCUGGCUCAUUUUUCUGUAAACGUGGCAUCAAGAA